AUGGCGGAGGAAUUCGAUGAAUCCGAAGUUGUAUUCUCUAACGAUGGCAACUCCGUUAUUCAGAGAGAAGACGAGAAUGAGAAUCUUCCGCUCGGUUUCAAGGAGAGGAAGAAAACUAGAGGGAGAAAGAGGGCGGAGAAGUUAUCGAGCUCGCUUCCGGUGAACGUUCCAGAGAACAUGUUUAGGAGGUACGUCGGGAAAGAAGAGGAUGGUUACUCCGAAGAGGAAUGUUCCGACGGAGGAGGGGAGAUCGUACCACCGCAUAUAAUCGUCGGACGGAGGAUCCAAGGAGGACAAAUGGCGUUUUCCGUUUGUACAGGUAGCGGAAGGACUCUUAAAGGGAGAGAUCUGAGCCGUGUCCGGAAUUCGGUUCUCAGGUUAACCGGUUUUUUGGAGGCUUGA